AUGUCGCUUCAAUCCACUACGCAAAGAGUGAUCCGCAUCACCGCCAACUCUCCCGACUACGACGUCAUCGAAUACGCCGAGGUCGACACCCCCAAGAUCACCAAGCCCAACCAAGUAUUGGUGAAAAACAAGUACCUGGGGGUCAAUUUCAUCGAAGCCUACUUCCGCAGGGGCGACUACCCGGCGCAAUUGCCCUACACUCUUGGCAGAGAGGCGCUGGGGGUGGUCAUUGGCGUCGGUAAAGAUGUCACCAAGUAUAAGGUCGGCGAUAACGUCGCCUAUUUGCAACCGAGCACCUUCGCCCAGUACCUGGUGUUUGAUGACGAUAAAGUACAAGUGAUUAAGCUUAAAUCGCAGUUGACUGAGGACGAAUGGAAGACUUUUGGCCUGGUGCUCAUUCAAGGUUUGACGGCAAUUACUUUUGUGGAAGAGGCCCAUAAGGUGGAAAAGGACCAGUACGUGCUUGUGUGGGCGGCUGCCGGUGGUGUCGGCCAGAUAAUUGUCCAAUUGCUGAAGCUUAGAGGCGCCAAAGUGAUUGCCAUUGCUCUGACUGAAGAUAAGCUUAAACUCGCUCAAUCGCUUGGUGCUGACCAUUUGAUCAAUUCGUCGAAGCAAGAUAUCGCUGCUGAAGUGAAUAAGAUCACCAACGGCGCCGGUGUCAACGUGCUGUUUGACUCUGUCGGUAAGGAAUCGUUUGAGGUUCUGUUGGCCGCGGUAGCCCGUAAAGGGUCGUUUGUAUCUUACGGUAACGCCCUGGGGUUGAUUCCGCCUUUCUCCAUUAACCGUUUGCUGCAAAAGAACAUCAAAUUGUCGCGGCCUACGUUGUUUAACUACGUCGCCACCCAGCCGGAAUGGGACCACUACCUGAAGCAAUUGGUGGAAUUGGUCGAAGGCAAGAAGUUGAAGUUUGACAUUUCUAAAGUGUACGACUUGGGCGACUACAAGCAGGCCGCUCAGGACUUGGAAGGCCGUAAGACCACCGGUAAAGUCACCUUGAAGAUUCCCCAAUAA